AUGUCCGCAAUUGUCGUGGGAACUGGUUUGGCAGGACUAACGACUACCCUUGAGUUAUUACAGAGAGGUGUCUCUGUUUAUUUGAUCGAAAAGACAUCUAGAAUCGGAGGUAACUCUAUCAAAGCUUCGUCGGGGAUCAACGGGGUGCCUACUGAGUUCCAAUUGGACGGCACUGACUCUGUUGAUCUGUUUAUUGAGGAUACGAUCAAAUCUGGCAAUGGUCUCUCCAAUGCCGAAAUGGUAGAUAUCCUUGCAAAGAACUCUGCUUCGGCAAUUAACUGGCUCACAAAAGAAAACAACAUCGAUCUAGGCUUAGUUACCAAAUUGGGAGGUCAUUCCCAUGCAAGAACCCAUAGAGGUUCAGGUAAAUUGCCUCCAGGGUUUGCCAUCAUAUCAGCAUUGUCUAAAAAGUUGGAUCAAAUAUCUCAAGAGUCCAACUCGAAGUUGAAGAUUUUGAAGAACUCCAAUCUCUAUAAAAUUCUUGCAGAAAAUGGAGAGGUCACAGGUAUUCAGUACACAACUGAAGAAGCUAACAAGGCAAUCAGCCUUUUCGCAUCCAACGUGAUUUUAGCUACUGGAGGUUAUUCGGCUGAUUUCAACGAAGAAAGAUCCUUGUUACUGAAGUAUAGGCCAGAUUUAUUGGAUUUCCCCCUGACAAAUGGUGAGCAAACUACAGGAGACGGUCAGAAGAUUGCUGAGAGAGAUGUAGAUGCAAACUUAAUACAUAUGGAUAAAGUACAAGUUCAUCCAACCGGAUUUGUUAAGGCUGGUGCUGAAGACAGUAAGUGGAAAUUCUUGUGUGGAGAAUUGAUAAGAGGGAUUGGGGGGGUGUUAAUUUCUCCACAAACUGGGGAAAGAUUUGUCAAUGAACUCACCACUAGAGAUAAGGUUACAGAUGCUAUAGAAAGCAAUUGUGAGAUAUUGCGCAAUACAUUGAACAUUGACCCAAAGCAAAAGGUUGCAAUUAUCAUAGUCAAUGAAAAAGACUAUUUGAAGGCAGAGAACCAUAUAAACUUCUAUUUGUCUCAGAGCUUAAUGCACAAGUCAUCCUUAGGGGAGUUGGCUCAUGUCAUUGCGAAAUUGAAUCCAGACUUACCUGAAUCUCUGGCGCUCAGCAAGUUGAGUAAAACAUUUCAGACCUAUGAUGAAUUUGUGGACUCAGGCUUUGACAAAUCAUGGAGCAGGAAAUCUUUUGGUACUAAGUUUGGCGACGGCAGUGUCAUUUACUAUGGCUUGGUUACCCCUGUGCUUCACUUUACAAUGGGUGGUAUUGAGAUUAACAAAGUAGGAAAUGUGAUUAAUAAGAAUGGAGAAGGUAUCCCAAAUCUUUUUGCAGUUGGAGAGGUUAGUGGUGGAUUACACGGCUCGAACAGAUUAGGAGGAAGUUCAUUACUAGAAUGUGUCGUAUUUGGAAAGAUUGUCGCUCAGAAUAUAUCCUAG